GUACGUAUGAGGCGCGCGUUCACGAUUCGGACGUGCUCUGUACGCGGCGCGCACUCGAACGCAGGUGUGGACUGGUAUUUAUCGUGCACUGAUAUUGUACGGAGACGCAGGAAAGCGUUAAAAGCAUUAUAAUAUGUGGAAGUCAGUGGUGGGGCACGAUGUUAAUGUAAAGGUGGAGACUGAGGGAGAUGACUGGGAAACCGAUCCAAAUUUUGAGAAUGAUGUCUCAGAGCAAGAACAGAGAUGGGGUGCCAAGACUAUUGAAGGAUCGGGACGUAAAGAGCACAUCAGUAUUGCAGACCUGAGGAAUAAGGUGUCUCAUGAACAUGAGGUGGUUAAGAAAAAAGAGAUGGAGAAUUGCCCUAAAGCCUCAUACGGAUAUGGUGGAAAAUUUGGAGUGGAAAAAGAUAGAAUGGACAAGGGUGCUUUAGGGCAUGACUAUGUGGCAAAGGUGGACCAGCACUCAUCUCAGACGGAUGCAGCAAAGGGUUUUGGGGGGAAAUAUGGAGUGCAGAAGGACCGCAUUGACAAGUCUGCCAUGAAUUAUGAAUAUAAAGGUGAAGUGCAGCAACAUGCAUCUCAGAAAGAUUAUGCCAAAGGUUUUGGUGGCAAGUAUGGUGUGCAAAAAGAGAGGGUUGACAAAGCUGCGAUGGGCUACGACUACAAAGGCGAGACUGAAAAACAUCAAUCACAGAAAGACUAUGCAAAAGGCUUUGGUGGAAAAUAUGGAGUGGAGAAAGAAAAAGUUGAUAAGGCUGCAUUGGGUUAUGACUACAAAGGCGAAACAGAAAAACAUCAGUCACAAAAAGACUACGCCAAGGGCUUUGGAGGCCGUUAUGGAGUCGAGGCGGAUCGAAUGGAUAAGAGCGCAGCUUCAUUUAAUGAAAUGGAGUCACCAUCAUCAUCAUAUGAAAAACCAAAAGCUUAUGAGGCCUCAAGUGUAGGAGCUGGAAACCUAAAGGCUCGAUUUGAGAACAUGGCAAAGGCCUCAGAUGACGAGAAUAAAAAAAGAGCUGAAGAGGAGAGAACCAGAAGACUCGCUAGAGAGAAACGUGAACAGGAAGAGGCACGACACAGGCAACAGGAGCAGAGCAGACAAGAAGAAGUGGAGGAGAGCGAGAAACCUCCUCCUGUGCCGGCUCCACAGAAAUUCAAAAAACUUCCACAGAUUCCCAGAGAUGAACCUGAGCCAGAACCACAGGAGCAGAGCAGAUAUGAAGAAGAGGAGGAGAGCGAGAGACCUCCUCCUGUGCCGGCUCCACAGACCUUCAGAAAACUGCCAGAGAUUCCUAGAGAUGAACCUGAACCAGAACCACAGGUGGAGGAACCACCUGACUAUGAGGAACCACCAUCUCUGCCACCACGCUCAGCUGAUCUGUUAGAGGAAAACGACUACGAUGAAGCAGCUCCUCCACUACCACCACAUGAGGAAGAUUAUGAGGAUAUUGAAUCAUACAUUCCCGCAGCUGCUGAAAAUGACUAUGAAGAUAUUAGCGUGGGACAGACAGCCACGGCCAUUUAUGAUUACCAGGGAGAAGCCAGCGACGAACUCUCCUUCAUGCCUGAUGACAUCAUCACUAACAUUGAGAUGGUGGAUGAGCAUUGGUGGAAAGGAUCUUGUCAUGGGCACAAUGGCUUGUUUCCUGCCUCCUUUGUGCAGCUUAAUAGUUAAUCAUUCAUGAUUGCUAUACACUUUCCAAAGCAAGGGCUGUGUUAACAUAGCAUAUUAACAUGCUACUAAUCCUGCAGUCAGGAUACAGUGCACUAUACAAUAUGUAAAUAGCGUGCAUGGAACAAAGUUUUGACCUGCUACAUUUGCUAAAAUGUACAGUAUACGACAGAAUGCAGUUAGCCGAGUAAUAUAUCCUAUAAGACAGUGUUGUUCAUCAUGACUUGACCUUAUCAUAGUUUGAUCUAUAAUCAUCAUUUGAUCCGAAAUUGAAUUAACAAUGCUAAAAUGUGUUUUUUCUUAUAUGUCAACUGAAAAACUGUCCCAUUACAAUCCAAAUGCCAAUUGUUUCACUUACUAUUAAAGGGUGAGUUCACCCAAAAAUGUGGUCAUCAGACAAAGAAAUUUAUGCAGGUUUGUUACAACAUGAGAGCGAGUAAAUCGCUGCGUUUCCAUUGCAGAUUUGCAUAAAACUUGAUCGUUAUUUUUUACAUGUCAAUAAAAAGACUAUUGCGAAAUGACAGCAUUUCCAUGAUACGCGAAUGGAAUUUUUUUCCUCUUGAAACUAUUCAUUUCAAACAUCACAUCGACUGAUGUUAGUAGGUUUACCAAUUUCACAUCCACCGCACUAGGCAUUAUUUUUUUAACCCAAGGAGACGUAAGCGUAUUAUCCAAACAUUAAUGCCAAGUAAAGCCCCUUAUACUUAGGAGUGGCAACGUAUGGGUAAACAUACUUUGAGGUAAUAGUACAUUAUUUUAAAUCAAAAAGAGCUGUAGGAGUGUUUUAGCAAACAUUAUUGGCAAGGAAAGCCUCAUACUUGGGAUCAGACAUGUAUUGAGGUGUUUCUGGGAGGUUUUAAUUCAUACCACGUCAUCUUUAAAUAAUAUGUUUGUUACUUACUUGCAUCAUGUGACCUGAAAAUGUGAAUAAACUGUUUUCAUUGAAGUUUUGCGAAAUACUUUUCCACAUUGCCUGAAAAACCACCUUAGGCGAGCAUAAAACUUUUUUGGAUAUAUGGGAGUUUUUUUUUUAUUUGGCAGUAUUUUCAAUUUGCGCAAUUUAAAGGGUAAUGGAAACGCAGUUAAGGAUGAGUUUUCAUUUUUGGGUGAACUAACAUUUUGAAGAAGGAAACAUAGGUACUAUGCACAGUAACAAGUCUGAAUGUACGCAAAACAAAAAUUGCAUAUUUCAAUUUACAUACAGUCGCAAAAUACAGACAUGUACACAAUGGCAUUUAACAUAAUUUGCUGUUUACUUGUUUGUAGUUUUAAAAAGCCUUAAAUGCAAAGGUAUUGUAUUCUGCCUUAGAAAUACACCUGCAAUUGUACACCAGGUGGGUCUAUAUACUGUAUUGAGCCAUUGGCUUACGCUGGCACCUUCAAUAAUUCAAACAGUGUUUCUUCAUUGACCGAUUCAAUGUUAUGCAUUCCUUCACAAAAUAAAGGCACAAACAUGAAA